CUCUCUCUCUCUCUCGUUCUUCUCCCAACUCUCUCUAACUUUCGCCUCUCUUCUUCACUCACAGAGAAAAGCGAAACCCUAGCCAAACCUUGCCGCCGUCAUCCUCGCCUCUCGAACUCUCUGUUUCUCGCCUCUGCCCCAAGGAAACGAAAAUCUAAAACUCACCACAAGCCGCCCACGGCCCCGACAAAACGACGACGAGAUGACGACCUGAAUCGACUUCAACCGACUAGAGGCAUGUCGAUCCAGGUAGGGAUUUUGCUUGCAUGUUAUUUUCUUUCGCUUUAUUUGUUGAUUUUCAGGAAUUUUAGGGUUCUAAUCGCUUUUUAUUUAUGUUUUUUUGGAUCUGGAUUGACAGAAAGAACGGAAACAAAUAACCGCCGCCGACAGACGAUGACAGAGAAGAAAGCGCGGCGGAGGCGGAGUACAGAUCCCUCGGCGACGAAAAAGGGGGUCGCUGAUGAUGAAAGGUGGACUCGCUAUCGG